CCUUCCCAUAAGCCAUCGUGUCUCUUGAGCCGCGCGAAUAAACCGUUAAGUGGAACGCACCGUGGUUGCGUAGGGCUGAACAUGCGUCACGCACAAUAUGACGCUUUUGGCAUACAACUUCGACUUUGCCUUUAGAAUUUGGAUGGCUUUCGGAACUACGCAAUGUUUUUAGAUAAGGGCGAAGCGUAAGGCCCAUACAUUAUUUGAAUGAUGCUAUUGACUGUUAAUAAAUGCAUCACGCUAUAUCGAUAAGCAGAACCCAAAGCUCCGCAUGAAAUAAAACCACAUAACCAGCCUUCUGCGAGUGACGUCCGAGAGAAUUGUGAUGAUGUACCCUUAUCCAAUGAUAUACCAAUAGAAGUCAAAAAGUUAACGUGUGAACCUCGCAAGCAUGGUAAUGGCAGAGCACGCCAUUCGAACUACAAGGACCCCUAUAAAAGUGGGAUUUUAUGAUAUAUUACGGACAAUAGGACGGGGAAACUUUGCCGUGGUCAAGUUGGCGAGACAUCGCAUAACGAAAACGGAGGUUGCCAUUAAAAUCAUCGACAAAUUGAGGCUCGACCAAUUAAAUCUUAAGAAGAUAUACAGGGAAAUCCAGAUUUUAAAACUUCUCAAUCAUCAACAUAUAAUUAAGCUUUAUCAGGUAAUGGAAACAUCUUCCACAAUUUACCUUGUUUGUGAAUAUGCAAGAAAUGGUGAACUAUUUGAUUAUAUAACUGAACAAGGUCGAUUACCUGAAGAAAAGGCAAAGAAAAUGUUUUGGCAAAUUUUAACAGCAGUUGAAUACUGUCAUAAAAAUAAUGUUGUUCACAGAGAUUUGAAAGCAGAAAAUUUAUUACUCGAUUCGAACAACAAUGUUAAGUUAGCUGAUUUUGGUUUCAGCAAUUUUUAUCAAUCUGGUAAUAUGUUGAGUACAUGGUGUGGAAGCCCACCCUAUGCAGCACCUGAGGUUUUUGAGGGAAAAGUAUACGAAGGACCACACUUGGAUGUUUGGAGUCUGGGAGUUGUUCUGUAUGUUUUAGUUUGCGGAACUUUUCCAUUUGAUGGUUCAAAUCUCGCAAAUUUGAAAGAUCGAGUAUUGGGAGGUCGUUUUAGAAUUCCAUACUGGAUGAGUCAAGAUUGUGAAAAUCUUGUACGUCGAAUGUUGGUAAUAAAUCCUAAGAAGCGUCUUACAAUAUCACAAAUUAAAAAACACAAAUGGAUGCAGGCACAUAAUCCAAUAAUUGUUUUAGCACAAACAAAAAGUUCACCUCAGUUACCCAGAAGAGGAAAAUUAUCAGAAUAUAAUGAACAUGUUCUAAAAAUUAUGCAUGGACUUGGAAUAAACAGACAAAAGGCACUUGAGUCAUUAAACAUGUCAGCUUAUGAUCACUUAUUUGCAAUAUAUCAUCUGCUGGCGGACCGAUUGAAAUUACAUAGGACAAGUUUUCCACUUGAUUCAUCAAUUUCCUAUGAUGGAGGACGCAGGCGACCUUCAAAUGUUGCUGACCAGGCACUUUCAUCGAUAACACAUGCAGGCCCUUCACUGUCAGCCCAUACUGAAUUUAAUACAAUGAUGCAAGACAAAACAACAGCUGUUUCAGACAUGCAAUUUGAUGACAUGACAACAGGUCUACCUACUGUUCAGCGAUCGCUUGCUGCACCAAUUCGCUAUUCUUCACCACCAUUACCACAAAUCAGAAUGUCAAUGUAUGAAGAAAAAGAACAAUUGCAAAUUAAAAAUGCAGCCAAUUAUAGUUCACCUCUCAAUCCAUCUUAUGUGCAGUGCCAAAAUGAAGAUAAUUCAUCAAUACCCAAUAGCAAUUCACCGAACACACCAUAUACAUCUGCCAAUUAUAGACAUAACAAUGUGGAAAUGGGAGAAACUAAUUUGGGAGGUUACAAUUUAAACCAAAGACGACACACUCUCAUGGUACCAAGUCCAAGUCAGAUGCAAAUGUUACGAGCUGGAAUGACUUCAGGAAAUGAAGUACCGCUACAAAUAUCUCCACAUACAAGCACUGCCAAACUCAGUAAAUCCGGAGAUGAAAUGACAUCAUAUGGGUAUGCAGCAGAAGCACAAAAUUACCUAACUCAUUGUCAAAAUGAUGUUACAGCAUGUAUUCAAAGCAGUGAGGAAAAUACAUGUAAUAAUCCUGCAUGUCGAUGCAAACAAAUGAAAGUUGGGUUCUCAGACAACCAUAGAAGAGGAAAUCUAUUACUACCAUGCAAAAAUUUACCUACACCACCUGAAUUAAAUUUUGGUCAAAAUGAAGUGGAAGAAAGACCUGGUUUGCAAUAUCGACGCAGGUCUGGUAUGCCACCUCUCCCACCAAGCUUGCAAAUUGAUCAAGCCAACAGAGAAGAUUUUGAAGAGGAACAGAACAAUGUUGAGGCAAAGGCGGCUUUCAUUAUGAAACAAAGACAAAAGAUGGAUUCUUCACCUAUAGGGUUCAGGGAAGGCAGACGGGCAAGCGACGGCUUGCUAUUACUCGGUGAUAAUAUGUUGAAAGAACAUUUGCAAAAGUUAGCUCGUGCUAAGGCUGUACCUGAAAUGACAGUGGAAGAUUCAGAAGAAUCAUGGCAAACAAGAGGAAAUUCAACGAAAACCCAUCAUUACCUCCAAGUUCCUAGACCUGUCAAUCGAACAAAUAGUGCAGAAGGUCAGACUUCACCACAACUUCAAUCAUCACCAAGUACAACACCAGUUGGAAGUGGAAGCAAUAUUUCAUAUCAACCUUAUAAUAAUAACCAGAGUUUUGCGAGAAGACGAAGUUUACAGGCUCAGCACAUUCAAAUCAGGAAUGCUACAUUACCUCAGCAACACGAAGCACAAGAUGUAUGCAUACAAACCAAUGCCAACCAAUCCUAUGUAAGCCAACAACCACUAAAUCCACAGAUACAAGACAGUGAUAUUGAAAGACCAGGUUUUAUCCAAAUACCUGAAAAUAAUGCAAAGUACCAGUGGUCAUCUUGGAGAUCAGUCCAGGGUGUGAAUUUGAAUGAAGGUAUUCAAGAUCCAGCUUCAUCAAUGUGGCAUCAACUCAAUAUUAUUAAGUCUGGUAUAGGUUUGAAUGAAGCAGAAAUGUCAUCAAUAGCAGCGGCCGUUGCAUCAGAUGAAGUCUUGUCAUCUAAAGCUGCUGCUGCUCAACAACAACAACAGAGAGAAACAAUGACAAAACCUAUCAGACAACAGAGCCUACCUAUCACACCAUCUACAAAUCAUCCAUUCGGGGCAGGUCAACACCAUAGUUUGGCUCAAGUAUUGCAACAAAGAAGGUUACAAAGAAGAUUAAAAGUUGCGGCAACACACCAACAACAUAUGCCUGGUUAUCAACUUCCUCUUCCAGAACUUGAACAAUUGCGAAUUGACAACCCAGGUGCAUUCGGACACUCACAAAAUAUGCCAAUGAAUCCACAAAACACUGAUCAAGAAUGGUUGGCUUACUGGGGACACCAGGGCAUAAAAUAUGCAACUGCUGUUCAUGCCCCUGAGCUUACUGAAGGCUUGUUUGCCAACGAGGCAGCAGUACCCUCUGGACUAUCAGCCCAAGAAAUAUUAAACUAUCAAAACCCCGAACAAGCGGAACAAUUUGCUUUCAGGGCAUCUCCGGUACAAAAUAUGUUUUCGAGCGCGAUACCCAUUGAAGUAAUGGACAAAUUUGUAGACAAACAGUUUUCAUGGUCAUACGAUUCACCACCUUACAGAAAAUCACUCGAAUUCAGAAAAAAUAUACUUACAGUCGCGGAAAAUAUGUCAAACUCAGCUGAAAGACUGGAGCAUGCCAGUAACGAUGCAAUGGAGUUCGCUAUGUACUAAUAUCGUGCGGAACAUGAAUAAUCUGAAAACUUGAUGGGCGUGUUUUAUCCAUCUAAGUUGCACAACCCAUCGCCAAUGUUUAAGCAGUACAGUAGCAAUGAGCUUUCAGUGUUAUUCAAACUAUAAAAGUGUGAAUUUACCUAUGUCAUUAUAAUUUUUAUUUGUUCUUAUUACAUCUGAUUCUGUGUAUCAGAAAUUGUGUGUUGAAAAGCAAAAACCAAUAUUUGUAAUUUUAUGCUUUUUUUAAUUCACAAUUAAUUGUUCUGUGCUAUGCACUGUGCUAACAUUGAAGUGCUCAAUGCACACUGUCAUCAGAAAUACACAAUUACUGUAUCAUACUUUAUUCACAAACUUUGUUUUUUGUUGAAUUUUUGACGCAGAUUGUCACUUGUCCAAAUACAUCUUUCAACAUCAUGCUAUAAUUGUGAUUGAAAAAGUUGGUGCGGAAAUUUUUAUUGUUUCUUUUACUCCAAUUGCUUUCACUGUUGAGUGUUUUGUAUUUUCUGCUUUAAUAUCUUAUUGACAAGAUGUGAAUACUUCGAGUGCUUCGCAUACGUAUAUAUAUCGUGUUCAAGCCCCUCAGAAACAGAAGGUACCGGGUAUCCUAUUAAAUAUAUACUUCUGUUAUUACUGGCACUAUAUAGCCCAUACAGUGAAUGACUUUUAUACUUUAGUAUUAACAAAUUGUCAUGUCUGAUUUAUUUCUCACCUAUUCGAGUAUGUGGGUAUAGACGGUACAAUUUACUCUUGGAAGUUCCAAUUGAUGCUCUUCUUUACUUUGACAACACAAAAUUUAUAAUCAUUUCAGGAAGUGUUUGUAAGUAGUGUGUAGUAAUGUGAAUAUUUUUCAGUCCAUUGUCAUUGCAAUGGCGUAAAUUUACGAUCAGUUUUGCACUCUUCCCCCUAAAAAUUGCCAGUGUUGGAAGAGUGAAAUACGAAAUCAUGUAGUGUAUGCCUUCAAUUGUUUCAAAUUUGGUGAAUCUCAGAAUGUUUCAAUUAGAUUCAUUCACACUUUGUAUUGGUAUUUUCUAAUUUUUUUGGUUAUGUCGAAAUGAAUGCUGGAGAAUAUAUAUGAGCAUAUAUGCCAGUAUUUUAGGCUUGAUGUCUUUUCAUGCGCUUUUUUGUUCCUAUUUUCAUCAUAAGCACUGUGAAUACAUGGUUCUCAUGACAA